GCCUGCACCGCCCCGGCCCGCCCCUUCCCGGCGGAAAGUGCCUGGCUCCACGGGCCUGCUCGGCGCCGAGGGGGAGCGGCGGCGGCGGGAGCGCCGUGGCCAUGAACGCGGAGAACCAGGGCUGCAGCGAGCGGCUGGUGACGGCGGCCUAUGUGCGCCAGGGGGCGCAGGGCCGCCGCGCGCACGAGCUGCGCCUGCGGGCGCUGCUGGAGCAGGGAAAAUGUCCUGAGGAUGGAUGGGAUGAAAGCACCAUUGAAUUGUUUCUUCAUGAACUUGCUAUAAUGGAUAGCAAUAACUUCCUGGGCAACUGUGGUGUGGGUGAGAGGGAAGGAAGAGUGGUGUCAGGACUCGUUGCCCGAAGGCAUUACAGAUUGAUCCAUGGAAUUGGAAGGUCAGGUGAUAUUUCCGCAGUCCAGCCUAAAGCUGCGGGGUCGAGCCUUUUGAACAAACUUACUAAUUCAGUCGUUCUGGAUAUUAUAAAGCUGGCUGGUGUCCGGACAGUGGCCAGUUGCUUUGUGGUUCCCAUGGCAACUGGCAUGAGUUUGACUCUGUGUUUUUUAACAUUGCGGCACAAGAGACCAAAGGCAAAAUACAUUAUCUGGCCACGUAUAGACCAGAAAUCUUGCUUUAAAUCAAUGAUAACUGCAGGUUUUGAGCCUGUGGUGAUAGAAAAUGCAUUAGAAGGCGAUGAGCUACGGACAGACCUUGAAGCAGUGGAGGCCAAAAUCAAAGCUCUUGGUGCUGAAAAUAUUCUUUGUGUGCAUUCCACAACAUCUUGUUUUGCUCCAAGGGUACCUGAUAGGCUGGAGGAACUGGCAGUGAUUUGUGCCAAUUAUGGCAUUCCCCAUAUUGUUAACAAUGCAUAUGGAGUUCAGUCAUCAAAAUGUAUGCAUCUUAUCCAGCAGGGUGCUCGAGUGGGCAGAAUAGAUGCUUUUGUUCAGAGCUUGGACAAAAAUUUUAUGGUUCCAGUAGGUGGUGCUAUCAUUGCUGGCUUCAACGAGUCCUUCAUUCAGGAGAUCAGCAAAAUGUAUCCAGGAAGAGCAUCUGCGUCUCCUUCCUUAGAUGUCCUCAUUACACUUCUGUCUUUGGGUACCAGUGGCUACAAAAAGUUACUGAAAGAGAGAAAGGAGAUGUUUUCCUAUCUUUCAAGUGAGCUGAAGAAGCUGGCAGAUAACCACAAUGAGAGACUGUUAGACACACCACAUAAUCCCAUUUCCUUAGCCAUGUCACUGAAGAAUCUAGAUGAAAGUAAUGAUGCUGCUGUUACCCAGCUUGGAUCUAUGCUCUUCACAAGACAAGUUUCUGGAGCAAGGGUUGUUCCACGUGGGUCUGUACAAACUGUGAAUAACUACACUUUUAAAGGCUUUAUGUCACAUGCAAAUGACUACCCCUGUGCUUACCUCAAUGCUGCUUCAGCAAUUGGAAUUAAAAAGCAAGAUGUAGAUAUAUUCCUAAAAAGACUCGACAAGUGUUUGAAGACUUUUAGAAAAGAAGCAAAUCAAGAAAAAAGUAUAAAUGAAAUAAGUGAUUCUAAUGCAACCACAGAACAGCUUGAAAACUAGAAGAUACGGAUUUAGUAACACAGGAAGAUAUGCUUUUUUGUCUGAAUUAUGUCAGGUUUCUAUUGGGUUAGAAUUGUGCAUCUGCAGUGCAGAAAUCUAUUCUUGAUCUGAAAAUAACAAUAAAAAGUUGGGUGAAAUUCAGCUUUAAGAAAGUAAGUGAUACUCUUCCCGAGACAGAGGGCCAGUCACAAUUUUUUGAAGCGUACAAAAUGCACUUAACACCUGCCAAAGUAAAGCUUUAUGUUCACGAAGCCUUUGAUUUUGCCUUUCAGUCUGUGUAUGGCUAUUUGGACCAGUGUUUACCAAAUCACCAAAUGUUUAUUCACAUGUUUUUGUUUAACAGGAUUGUCUGUGGCAGUGAUUGAAUUCCUUCCUAGGUAUAGACUAUCCAAACAACACAUUUCACUGCUCUAAGAGUAUCUUGUUUUUCAUCAGUGUAUGUGUCACUUUUAAUUUCUUUUCAAAGAUUUAUGCAAAUGUUGGGAUAGCCCUCACUAAAUACAAUGUUCAAACUGCAUGGGGAAAUGACAGUUGGAAUAGUACUGUUUUUCCGGUGUUCUCACCUGUCAUGAACUACCUAGAACAAAUCAGCCUCCAGUGGCAAAGAAGAACCUAGAAUACCUCCUAUCCUGUCAGUACUCAGCUCUUGAAAACGUUUGUCAGCAGCCCAUAGAAGCUUUAAAGUCAGGGCAUGUAGAAUGGAGAGGUACAGUCAUUGGGGGCUUUUGGCUUUGUUUUUUUAUUUUUGUUCUUCCCAUUUCCUUUGAUAGGCUGAUCAGAUCAAAGACUCACUGAAAAGAAGGAAUGCCAUGUGAUUAAUGCAGCAGUUUCAAGAGCCUAGUGAGCCCUAAGAAUAUUUUGGCAUUUUUAGUCUAAUGUUGUUGAAAUUUAUAGACUUCCAUUUCUGUAGUGUCUCUUGCCAUUGGCACUGUUGCUUCUGUGGCUCUGUGCAGUUGCUGAUUUGAAUUCAUUAAGCAAACAAUAGAUUCAGAGUCUGUUCCUGAAACAAAGGUUCCAUAUCACUGGAGUGACAGUGCUGUAGGUUGCAAAACUUGUAGUUAUUCUUGAAUGCAGUUACUACAUUGUAUAUAGCUUCUAUUUACUAUUCAAGAUGAGCAUAACGUUCAAAGACAUUUUCUUUGUCUGUCUGUAAUGUAUUAAUGCUCAGGAUACCACAAUUAAUGAGUUCUGAACGUCAGGAAAUGUUUUAGUUACUUUGUUUAGUGGGAACUGAGACGCCUAUCCUUCAGAACUCUUUGUAAAUCAGUUUAUCAAAAUAGUGGUGCUUUUGAAUGUAUUGUCUUUCCAGUGUGGUCAAAUGAAUUGAUAAAAGAGGUGGUGCUAAUAUAUGGGAGUUAAUAAUAUGCUAAUCAUCAUGAAAGUGCUCUCACUUAAUGAGGUUCAUUGUAUCUUAAGCUUAAAUUGAACUGGUCCUUCUACAUUGUUAUUGCUAGAGUCACACAUUAGAUUGAUUAAAGCUUGUGCAGCUCCCCAGACUGCAGUCACAGUUGUUAUUUGCUGUACAAACACAUCCUAGGAGACACGUCAGUUAGCUUGGCCACUGAGCCCUGGUGGCUGUAAGGAGAUGUAAAUGACUUGUCUUUCUCUCCCUCUCUUUUUAUUUCCCCACCCUUUUUUUUUUUUUUCCUCCUGUUGAGAGCAUGCUGUAACUCAGUUUUUCCAGUCAGUAAAACUUCCACAAACUUUGGAGUCAAAUCUCUGCAGAUCACUGCCUCAGUGUUCCAUAUAUUGGAGCAGCCAGUGAGAACCACCAGGCCUUAGUGAUACUUUUCUUCUUGGUUUUCGAGAUUGCUGUUCUGUGGCUAAAUGAGUAUAAAUUAUUGAUUUAGAUGACCAGUCACAGAGUGUGGAUGUUAGAACUAUCAUUAUAAAAGUCUAUAGGUGUGUGAUAGCAGCUAAAAUAAGCAUUUGAUGAAUGAUAUCCUGACUGAGUAAAGAAAACAGCAGUUAUCUUCUCUGAGAGGAAGAAAUCUCUGCCUUUUGUGAUCUCAUAAUAAAUUGUCUGCUACAAGUAAUUCACCCAGUUGUACCAUAAAUUGAACUACUUCCUCGGGUAGUGUUUUUUUCUGUCUUUGAAAUGUUUCCCAUUUGCAAUCAAAGCUGAAAAUUUCAACAAAGCUCUAAACAAGAAUCCAUAGAAAGAGGUAAGCAGUUUAUUUUGAUUUUGACCUCUUAAACCUUUUUUAUUGAAAAAAAAUUAAGAUGAUGGCUUUAAUUAAAAACAAAAAUAAAUUUUAAAUUUUUGUGUCAUUAAAACUCUUCACACAUCUUAGUGAUGCCACCUGAAGUCAGAAAAUUUAAAAUAUUUUGAUAAAUGUGUCCCACCAUGAUGUAUAAAAUCUUGAACUAAAUAUUUAUGUUAUAUUACUUUGGUACGCUGUUGUACCAGUCUGCAGUUUUGUUUGCUUGCUUUGUCCCCAUAAGUGUCUUCUGUUUUAGUUAAUAUUCAUUUUUUACAGACAGAAGCAAUCUAUAAUGUUAUAUAAAUGUAAUGAAGUUUUAAGUAAUUCAAAUGGCAAUAUACUUCCAAGUAAAUGGAGAAGACUUGGUUAUUCACAGUGUAUUUGGAACAGGAGAUUGAGUAGAGGAUAAAAAGUAUUUUUCAAGUAAGAGUGUAAAUUACUUAUUCUCUAUUCACUAAUGUCUGUAAUAAAGUAGAGAAAUAACACUGAGCAUACACUCAUGACUUUUCAUUUCCUUUGUAUAGCAGCUCCAGGGAGAUUUCAUGGCUGUGGCAGGUCUCACCCACUAAAAGCAGUACUGUGAAUGACAUCAAUAACACGGACAUGAGUUUGUCAAAGUAUGCAGAGUAAAACAAAUAUAUUAACAGUAUUUGCCUUCUAUGAAGAUCUUUCCAAGAUUGAUCACCGAAGUAAGAAGCUUCUUAGUUAAUUGCAGCCCUUUUUCUAAUCUCUACAUAGACACAUGUCAUUAAAGACUUUGACGUGGCUCAAAAAUCUACAAGAGCCAACUUGCUGUCUCCAGCUUCUGCAUUACUAGAGAGACAUCUGGGAAGGCUGCCUGGGCUUCAGCACAUACCAGGGGUUGAUAGAGCAGGAAUCCUUAGUAACACCCAGAACAGAUAUCCAUUUAGUAAGGCUAUCUCACAGCUACUAUUUAUGUAGCUACCUUUCUCCAUCAUUUUCUAGGUUGCAGCAUGUGGUUGCCAGCCAUGAAAUAGGAAUAGGCAAGCGCUUGAAAUAUUCCAGGAGAGCUGAGGAUUCAGAAAGACAGGUUUAGGAGGUUACCAUUCUUGCUACCUAGUGUGCUGCUCUAAGUUACUGUCCUGUAGCCUGCUUUGCAGCUGCCACAGUUCAGACAGUGUGUUAAAACACUGAAGCUGGGGUGUGCUUGAACACUGCCAGCCUGGGAAAGCAGUGGCUGUAGAGCCAGCACAAUGCGCAUUGUGCUGCUGCAGCAUGGAUGUUUUUACUGGAGACAGUAACCUUUGGCAACGGGGCAGGGUGCAAGGGUGGGCAGGGUGCAAAGGUAGACGGGGACCACUCAGCUUGCUGCGGUCUGAAUCACCAAAAUGGCUUUCCUCCCUUACAGUGCCUGUAACUGCUGUGUGCCGUGCUUUUCUUUCCCUCUGGUGUUGCAUCUUAGACUCUCUGGAUCUAUACAUGUGCAAGAAAUGAAGGAGCAGAUGGACAUGCCUUAUAAAAAUAGCACUGGGAUAAUAUAAUGCAAGCGAACUGACACUGAAUGACCCAUCUCACAGGCCCACUCUUAGUUUGCUUUUUUUUUUGGUAGUAUCUGAGAUAAUCAACAAAACAAAGGACUUUAAGCAAUAAUAUUGCCUAUUCGUGCUUUGCUCAUAACAAUUGCCUAAGAUACAAAGCAAAUAAAAUCUACCAGAUGCAGCAAAUUCUCUUGAGCCUAAGAAAGCAAAAUUGUAAUGUUGCAAAUGUAAAUGCUGGCAUUGCAGCUUAAUACACAUAUAAACCGAGCAAUCUAUAUUGUGCGAUCAUCAUUUUUUAAGAAAGGCUGGAGCCCAGAGACCGGCAAAUGUUCUCAUCUGCAGUGUAUCAGCAGUUCUCAGUCUUCAGCUGCUGUACAGAUAAUAUUUCUAAUUGAAGAAUCAUUACAUGAAUCCAUAUGUGAAUGAUAGAUGGGCUAUAGCCUUUUGUUCACGAUGCUUUAAAAAUUGAGUUGCUGGUUUUACUUUUAUAAGGCGUGAUUAGAUUGCCUUUUCCUUCCCCCCUCCUUUUUUUUAAUGCAACAUUUUAAUCACCCUGGUCUGACAGGAUUUGGAAUCUGAAGGGAAAACAAUUUCUGUAGCUGACAAUUUUUUUAAACAAUAGCUAUUUAAAGCCUUGAAUUGGUUACAAAGUGACUCUCCACAGAGAGAACCUUUGUUCAAAUGUUUUUAAUUCUGAAACUAGUGCUUGAAAAAUUGUGCUUGAUGUGCUCUAUAAUUGUUUUUCAUGUAUUAUACUCUUUUCCUUCAAAGAUAACAGCAUACACUUUAGUGCAGUUUAAUAAUCCUUUAAAAAAUCAUAGUUAAAAAGGCAUUUGCUCUGUUACUCAUCAAGCAUCUGUUGUAUCAAAGAACUGGUAAUAUAUUUAUCUUGAUGGAUAAGCUUCAGUGUUCUGGACCAAGUUCAGUGUAACUGGACCAAGCUUUUAAUACUCUUUUGGGGAUCCUAAAGUCGAGUUCAUGAUCUAAUUAAGAUCAAUGUGAUAAUUAUAUCUGCUGCUGAACAGGAGUCUUUCAUCAAACCACAUUUCAACUUAAUUCUGUGAUGUGGCAUCAAAGCUGAUCCAGUUCAGAAGCUGAAUUGGUUUCUUAACAUGGAUGGUGGAAUUUAAUUUGCCUUUAGAUCCUGGAUUCAAAUCCAGGCUGAGUCAGCUACAGCAAAAUUAUAACUGCUUGGAUUUUAACCUAAUGUGAAUAGAAAAAAUACAGUGGUUUCAGCUGGGUGCUGCCUUUCCUAUUAUUUGUUCUCAAAGGGCUGCAAACAUUAGGCUCCGAUCUUACACCUACUGCAGGUUGGAAUGGGGGGUUGGUCAUGCACAUAUAACAUGACAGCAACAGAGGUGUGUGUGUUAUUGAUCUUUUUCUAGACAUCCCGAGUAGGAAUGCACCACUUGCGAAUUCAAGACAAACACGUACUGUUGCUGUUGAUCUGUUUUCUCCAAAAACUGUUUCUCAGGUGCAUUUCUUUUGAUCGAAGUGUACCAGAGGAGCACAUGCACGAAAUACAGGGAAAAGGAGCAAGGUCUCCAAUAUUUUGGAAGGUUUCUAGAUUGGUUAUAAGUGUCAGGCUUUUGCAAUUAAUAAAGCUUAUAUUAUAUGUAUAAAGCUAUGGAAACUCAUGAAAAAAAUGUUCGCAACCACUCUUGUCUCUUACCUAAACUGUUUGGAGCUGAAUUCUGUGCUGUGACACCUCUGUAGCCCCUGGGCCAGGGUGUGCUGCUCCAGCACCACAUCUGGCAGAUCACUGAUGCAGCUCUGAGGUCUGGCUGCAGGAGAACUCGGUGCCCAAGCAGGUGAAAGCAUUCCUGCUUUGCUUUGUUAGUGGGCUGUCAAGCGGAUAUGAAGUAGAACUAGUUUGCAAACAUGGACACUGUUGAGCAGUUAAUCCUGCAACUAGUCUUUCUGGAGUCUGAGGAACUGCAGAGGGAAAGAGAGCUUCAUUUGGUCUGUAAUAUGUCAAAUUAAGAAAUGUAGCUGUUGAAGGAAAAUAAUAUGUCAAAUGUAACUAGAGAAGCAUCUUUAAAAAAAAAUUCAACAUAAUAUAUAAACUCUUGAUUAAAUACAA